UACAUUUAUCAUUGUUGUUGUAUCGUAUAUGUAUAGGGAACAGAAAAGGAACUACUUGGAUAUCAUAUAUUGCUACAAGAAUUCAUAACAUCGUGAUAUUGGUAACAAGAACCGAAUAAAAAAGAUUCGAUAACUUGUAAUCUCAAUUGUUAUUAAAGUUUAGGAAGAAACGCGCUAAACCAAAUAUCCGCGAUGCCUGUUGCUAUAAUAAAGAUAAUCGGAAGGAAAAUAUUCGAUUCAUUAUGUUCACUAAUGCUUUUUAUUAUGUCUAUUUAUUUUGUCUUUAUCACAACCGCAUCAGUUUAUAUUACAUUACACACAACUCAUAAUAAAAAAGAUACGAAUGGAAAAGAUGACAAAGAUAACAUAUGGGAAUAUUAUACUAUAAAUGAUAUAAUAUCAGAAGCAGCACCAACUGAUAUCAUACACAUUAAUAAUGAGCCUCAUAUAGACCUUUAUUUAUUCGGCUAUUAUAGUAUUCUAAUUAUAAUGUCUGCUACUAGUUUAACACUAUGUUACUUUUUGUGCAAUUGGGAAUAUAUAGAAUAUCGCCUAAGAAGCUUAUACAACUGGUUGUUCUGCCGCAAACCAGCUAGACAAAAUGAACCAGUUGUCCUUUAUCUAGCCGAUAGAAUGUAUCGGAGAGGAGAACUAAGUAUCCCUUCACUCGAAAGUUCGUCAGAGGCUGACUCUAAUUCGGAAAGUUAACAUUGAUGUUUUGCAUUAUUACAAAGAGUGAAAUAUCUAUAAAAUUGACAAGAUUUCCUAAGUACGUUAUUAACCCUAUUCUCAACUUCAAAUAGUUUACACAUCGCAUGUUGUUGCGUAUGAUUAGUUUUUAAGAUAGGAUAU